GCGGCGGAGCGCAGCUUCUGCAGAGGACAAGGAACGCCCUUUUGCAGAUCUGACUUCCACCACAAUGAGCGGCCAGGAGGUGGGCGACAAGCUCUCUCUCGCCGAAACCGCCCCUGCGGACCAGGCCCCAGGAGAUCUGCCCCUAAAUCAGUGCGAGGGGCUCCGCGAGGAAGCCGAGGCGGCACCGGAGAUGGCGGACACAGGUGAGGGCAAUUUGGAGGCCACUGCGGAGGGAGGUGCACCCCGGGAUUCCGUGGACUGUAGCCCCGCACUCUGCGUCCGAGUUGCCGGGAGCCUCAGCCUUGCAGCCACCGGAGGGGGAGUCGAGGAUGCUGUGCCUCCUUCGAAGGGCUCGGAAGCAGCCUCGGUCUCUGUCGGAGCCGASAAGAGCCAGAAAAAUGGCUGUCAGCUUGGAGAGCCGCGUAGCUCUGCGGGGCAGAAGGCUCUGGAAGGCUGUGGCGCAGGGGCCUGGGGGUCUCAGGUGAAACCUGGGGCGAAAGCCAAGGAAGUGACGAUUAAGAAGUGCGCCAUCKCGGCAGCAGCAGAAAAAGAGGGAGUAGCAGAGGCGGUGAUGGAGGAAAAGAAGGUGGUACAGAAGGAAAAAAAGGCAGCUGGUGGAGGGAAAGAAGAGGCCCGGCCUAGGGCCCCGAAAAUCAAUAAUUGCAUGGACUCGCUGGAGGCCAUCGAUCAAGAGCUGUCAAACGUAAAUGCCCAGGCCGACAGGGCCUUCCUCCAGCUGGAGCGCAAAUUUGGCCGAAUGAGAAGGCUCCACAUGCAGCGCAGGAGUUUCAUUAUCCAAAAUAUUCCAGGUUUCUGGGUCACCGCUUUUCGGAACCACCCUCAGCUGUCACCUAUGAUCAGUGGUCAAGACGAAGAUAUAAUGAGGUACAUGAUCAAUUUGGAGGUGGAGGAACUUAAACACCCCAGGGCAGGUUGCAAAUUCAAGUUCAUCUUUCAGAGCAACCCAUACUUCCGAAAUGAGGGGCUAGUCAAGGAGUAUGAGCGCAGAUCCUCCGGCCGAGUGGUGUCUCUUUCCACUCCAAUCCGCUGGCACCGGGGCCAAGACCCCCAGGCCCAUAUCCAUAGGAACCGGGAAGGGAACACCAUCCCGAGUUUCUUCAACUGGUUCUCAGACCACAGCCUUCUAGAAUUUGAUAGAAUUGCUGAGAUUAUCAAAGGGGAACUGUGGUCCAAUCCCCUACAAUACUACCUGAUGGGAGAAGGUCCCCGAAGAGGAAUUCGAGGUCCACCACGACAGCCUGUGGAGAGCCCCAGGUCCUUCAGGUUCCAGUCUGGCUAAUUUCUGCCUUUGAGAAGCUCCUGCACAAGUCUCCUUACCAUCAUCUAUUCUUGGCCAGCAGCAUGCAGCCUUCUGUCUGCUUUUUCAUUGUACUGAAUUAGUUUGUCUUUCAGUUCUAAGGUUUCAACAGUCAAUUUCAAGAUGGCCUCUUACAUACCUAUGCUAUUCUUCUUCUGGCCCUUCAAGCUGUUCUGCAUUGUGUGAACAUAUUCCAAGUGCAUGGCCUUCUACUGCUUCUAUGCUACACUCGUGAUGUUGUAGAUACGUACUGCCUUCUUUGCAUGGCUUGGGUCCUGUCUGUGACUAUGGUCUUCUCCCAGGUCUUUUAGUCAUUCUCUACCACAAGGAAGCUUGACACUUCUUUACAAAUAACUAACUACACUUUAUGCUUGUUGUGCUUCUAAUAUCCAUGUACUAUGUGUUCUUGAGUUUCACCCCUGCAAGAUGAAACUGAAAUCCCAACUCAGCCAUCAACCCAAACUGGACAUUCUGGGCUACCACUUACUGGAUGCCAGCUGCUUUCUGGGCCUUUUCCAUCUAGUCUUCUGGUGGAACAAGCAGGUGGCUCGUGGGUAACUGCUAGACACAAAUGAAGUAGCCCAACAAGAAUGGGCUUUUUGUACUUUUGGUUAUUGUGCAUCGCAGUCGGCUACUGGUGAGUAUGAAGGCCUGUGCUGUAGCCCACCAACACUACUUCCUCCCUGCUGGUGGAGCUCUGCACAGGUCACCACUGCCUCGACAGAACUAUCUAUGGACCUAAGCCCCUAAGCAACACACAGGAACCCCCAUAUCUACUGUGAUUACCCAUAAACCCAAUUACUUGUAAGGCAAGUUGAGUAGUGAUAAUGCAGUGCCCAAAGCAAGGUGGAAUAGUCCCUUUUAGUAGCCUUUCAGGGACCUAGCCAACAAACCACCCUUAAUACAGGUGACUUUGUUUGGCUACCCCUCUUUCCCCCUUCCAUCCUCCUCUGGACAUGAUGGAGUUGCCAGGGUGAGGGCACUAAGAGGUUUUUUCUGGAAUGUAGGUCUUGUUAUGCCUCUCAUUCUUCCCCUAUCUUUUUCUCCUCCUUCCCUCUCUGGAGCAGUUACUGCUAAGAGACAGAAAACAAACUGGCAAAAUAGGUUUUUGGUUGUUUCCAGAAAGAGAUUUGUAAAUUAGACUUCAGAUCUCUGCCCUUAUUUCUUCACCCCACUUUUAGCAAGGUCACAUAGGGACCUGUAGGGUAACUGCUUAUUUGGGCAUUGUGUUCUCUAAUUGUGGUAUCCCCACCCUUUUUCUCUGAUCCUGCCUAAUUCUGUGAAUUUCUUGAGCUUUAAUUUGAGAAGCUGGAAGGAGAGAAAAGGACCUCAGUGAUGUGUUGAAGGCAGACCCUGUACAGGUUGUGUGCYAAGCAACUAGAAUUUGCUUUACUUCACUUUUCUAAAGAUGACAAUUUUGGGGGACUUGGACUGUUUAAGAAAUGAUUUGAAAAUAGCAUUUUGUGAGUCACUCUGCCUCUACUGCUGUGAUAUUCCAUAAGCUCCAUUCUACUGCCUGGUCCUCUGGGUCCUCACUUCUUAGUUUCAGCAUUUCUUUCCCUGCUUUGUCCUUCCAAAUGAGGGAGUAGGCUGCAGUCCUCAUUGUGGGAAUAAAGUGGAGUCUGCGUUUCCAGGACAAGUUCCAGCACAGUGAUGUUGUAGGGCUGUCUCAGUUGUGGGGGUAUAUGGUGCUGGUGAAGACCAUUGGCCUUCACCCUUUUCCUUUGUUUUGAAGUCCUUUCCCUGAGCUCCUGAGGGCUAAGGAGGUCUGACACAAUCAGUGGAGAGGGUGAUCUAGGCUGGGAAACUAACUAAAGGCCCAGAAGCAGAAAUAAGCCUGAUGUAUUGUGAGUUUCUCAAGGCCCACAGUAAAGAUCCCUGCAGGAUCAGGGGUGGAAGGCGAGGCCUGAGGCAGUUCGUAGGGUAGAGGUGAGAGAAUCAAAGCAUUUGGGGCUUAAUUAGGAUGCUUGGAGAAGGGUUUUCCUCCAGUUUUUCCUAAUUCCUUAAAUUCACCAAUAGAUUUUUGUAAACAAAAAUACAAGUCUGGGUGUUUUCUCUCUAUUAUUUUAGGAGUAACCUUUAUAUAUGUGGGAGAUUAAUGGUAUAUGUUCCUUAUCUCACUGUGUUUGAAUAACAUCCUAUUAAUUCCUUUCUCCAUUUCAGCCUAUUGGCAAAAUUGAUGUUUACAGGCCUGCUUUUUUGCUUGUAAUUGAGGACAUGUGCAAAAAUAUCAAAAUUUGUGUCCUGUGCAGUAUGAAGACGUCUGUGAAUAUUCAUUAAUAGAUUAGCUUGUUAUGGUCUCUCUUCUAUAUAGUUCUAUUCUUAGACAUAUAAUUUGAAUAAUGUGAUCUUUGAAGAAUCUGAAGAUUUUGAAGAUUGUUGCUGUCUUGUGAAAGUAAUCUCAAAAAGUAUAACUGUUGUCUUACUUGAUAUUUCUUGCCCUAGUAAUAAUGUACUUGACCUUAUGUUCCUAACCAGUAUAACUACUAACAGAACUGCUGUCAAACUAAAUAAGGAUUAUUAGUACUUUUGUCUUCUCUGUGCUUGAAAGAAAAGUAAAAUGUCACUGUUAUAUUUCUUG